UGCAGGCUGCAGGACGGAGGUAUGUAUGGAUGGAUGGAUGUAAGUCUGAGUUGGAGUGCAGACGUAGUCCUGGUGUUUAGUAUUGGUGAUAAUUGUUGCAUUGUUGCAUUGAUGCGUUGUGAUUAGUGAUGUUUGUCCUGUUUGCAUGGAUAAUGAUAAUGUUGAUUUAAUCUCAAUUCUUCAAGGAAAUUGUUUGAUGCAACUGCUGCACUCAGUCAUUCAUUAUCUUCUAUCUGUCUCCAUGAAUCCAGUCUUCUGUCCUUUGCUGUUUCCACCCAUGCUUGAGAGAAAAACAAUCUAUCAAUCGAAACUCUCUCACACGCCCGAUUGCCUUGUCGGGAAGCCGAACAGCCAAGCCCAGACAGACAGACAGACAGACAGAUAGACAAGACACAAUUGAUUGAGCAUGACACAGACAUUCACACCAGACGACGAAACAAGUAUU